AUGGCAUGCAAUCUAGGCUCGCUUGCCAAACAGCUUGCCGCUGCGACGGAGAGCAUCCGUAACGAUCCGGCCGUGCUAGACAAGGCAGAAAAUGAGCGGGCCGAGCUGAUUCGAGCGGCCGAGGCGCUCCUCACGACGAUCAAGCCAGCCGAUCCCAUGUUGGAAGGCCAUAUGGCGAUGGUUCAGUUCACCGUCGUCCGCCUCUUCGUAGGCUGGAAGGUUUUCGAGGCCAUUCCCUUGGAGGGUUCCAUUCUGUACUCGGAUCUGGCGGCGGCCGUGCAGGCCGAAGCUCUUCUCCUCGUUCGUCUGUCAAGAAUGCUCAUCGCCACAGGACUGCUGAGGCAGGUGGGUGCCGAUGGAGUUGCUCACACGGCAUCGAGCGCCAAAUUUGCCACACCGAGUCCACUGUGUAGCCUCGUUCGAAUGGCGUACGUACACGUGGGCCAAGUUGGCGAACCCAAGAGGAAUGCUGCUGACCCGAGCACCGGUAGCUUCGAUGACACUCUCAAGUCGCUGCAAUCGAUGCCAAGGUACUUUGAUCAGUUUGGCCGCAAGGAACACUUUGGAAAAUAUGGAACCAUCUCGGCUUUUGCCGAUGGCGAUCCGAGCCUGACCGUCUGGCAACACAUCAAUCGUGACCCGGAGAGGUUGAGCAGGUUCAUGGACAGCAUGGUGGCGAUGGCGAGCCGAAUGCCCAUGACGGGGUCGUACGACUUUGGCUGGGUCGUGGAAAAGAUGGGACGAGACCCGGACAGGGUCCUUGUCGUCGACGUCGGGGGCGGCCAGGGCCAUGCUCUGCGGGAGAUGGCGCAGGCGACAAAGGGUCUGCCGCUUAGCCGUUGCGUACUCGAAGACCUCGAGGAGGUGGUCGAAGAGGCGAAGUCGAGAGCCACGGGAGAGAUGAGCCAAGUCCAAUAUGUUCCAGUCGACUUUCACUCACAGCAACCCAUCAAGGGGGCCUGCGUCUACUAUAUUCGACGAUGCCUGCACGACUAUGGUGACAAGGACUGCAUCGAUAUUCUGCAGCAGAUUCGGCAGGCCAUGGCCAAGGACAGCCGACUCCUCAUUGUCGAUCAAGUCUUGACGGAUCCGCCGCAGCCGCUGGCGUCUGCCGUCGACAUCGUCAUGGCGACGAUUGGAGGAAAAGAGAGAGACGAAGACGGUUUCAAGGCCAUCACGUCGCAAGCUGGGCUGCGGAUCAUCAAGAUGCAUGCGUCCCCGGGAUCGGACGUUGCCGUCAUCGAGUGCGAGAAGGUCGACGGACUGGAGUAG